CACCCUGACGUGCACUCGACUGCGUUACAACUUGGCCAAGAAAACCACAAAGUCGAAAUACGAAGAAGUUUCCAAGAUGCCUUACGACUUCACAACUUUACACCGUAAUUGUCUCGUUGAACAGGUGGCGCCUUUGCAGGGAAAUGUGACAGGAACCCUCCCCCCGUGGCUGAGGGGAACCUACCUGCUGGAUGGUCCCGGCAGGAUGACCUUCGGCGAGAGCGAAUUCAACCACGUCUUCGACGGGUCUGCCCUCAUGCAGAAGUUCACCCUUGGGGAGAACGGCGCCACCUUCAGUAGCAGGUUCCUCCGGAGUUACGCCUACACGACCAACCUCGAGAACGAGCAGAUUGUCGUGUCUGAGUUCGGGACGACGGGGAAGUCUCUCUCCAAAAGCAAGUUGGGCAAAUUAGGGGAGAAGUUGACCUUCGACAAGUUGUUCUCCGACAACGCACCAGUUGGCGUAGUUGUGUUUGGAGGCGAAUAUUAUUGCAUAACGGAAGCGCCCUUCUUGCACAAGAUUGAUCCCAGCACACUCGAAACCCUAAGCAAGGUGGACCUUCACAAGGAACUGGGGAUCAACUCCCAGUGCCCGAAUCCCAAGCUGCUCAGCGACGGCACAGUCAUCAAUGUCCUGCACGGCGUCGGAGCCACGGGACCCAAGUACGACAUCGUUGCUUUCCCGAAAAAGCCUAUGGAAGGAAAAGCUUCCGUGUUCAGCAAGCCCAAGAAAGUAGGAUCCGUGGACGCCCGCUGGAAACUCAACCCGUGCCACAUGCACACCUUCGGGCUGACGGAGAACUACGUGGUUUUGCUCGAACAGCCGCUCACCAUCGACGUCAAAGCCACGGUCACCAACACCAUCCGGGACAAGCCUUUCAUUGGCGGAAUGGAGUGGAUGGAGAAUAAACUUGUAAAGAUUCAUUUAGUGAAUCGAGAAACGGGUAAGGAGAUAAAGCAAAAGGUCAAAUGCGAAGCUUUCUUCUUCAUGCACAUCAUCAACUGUUUCGAGCAAGACAAUCACGUCGUCAUAGAUGUCAAUACUUACAAGAAGCCUGAACUUCUCUACGCCUUCCACAUCAAGAACCUUCGAGAGCGAGGCGCCACUUUGGGCAGCGAGCUCGACGGAGGCUGCGUGAAGAGGGUGGUCGUGCCUCUGAAUGUCCCUGAGAAAGCCGUACCUGAAGAGAACCUUGUGAAGCUUGCAGGGAGUCGAGCAAAGGCUCAGCGGCAAAAGGACGGCUCUCUCCUCCUCACGCCAGACGCCAUCACCAAGUUCGCCUACGAAGUCCCCUCCCUCAACCCCGAGCACGCCGGCAGGAGGUACCGAUAUUUCUACGGCAACAGCGGCAACAUGACGGUCCACGGAGGGAAAGUCGGAAAAGUCGACAUCGAUUCCCGGGAAGUGAAGGAGUGGUACGAAGAAGGAAUGUACGCGAGCGUGACUGCCUUUGUGCCGCGACCCGGUGCCACGGCGGAGGACGACGGGGUGCUCCUCCUGGCGGCGCUACACUCAGACGACACCAAAAAGGCAACUCUCCUGGUACUCGACGCCGCAGACAUGAAGGAAAUGGGUAGAGUCGAGUUCGUGACCUCCUCUGACGUGGCGAGGGCGCUCCAUGGUCUUUUCAUACCCGAGUGAGGAGUCGAGAGCCUGUGGCCGCCUGUAGGUGGUGCUUGGAUUACUGCUUUCCGCUUGGUUGACACAAAGGUCUGCAAAUUGUCUGCCUCCGCGUGAUUGUCGAUGUCUACUUGCCCUGCUAUUUCAUUGUAAUUUUUUAAUCGAUUUAUAAAGAUGUAAGAUUUUU